AUGCCAUGUUCACUCCCUCUCUCUCAUCUUUCUCUCUCCUCCCUCUCCAAAACCCCACUCACCUCUUCCCCCUCCCCUAAAAAACCUUAUCCACUUCACCACCGUCUCUCCAUCAAAUCCUCAACCAACAAAACCCCAGAAACGACAACCAAAACCAGUUCAUGGGUAAGUCCAGAUUGGCUCACUUCACUCUCCAAGUCUCUAACCACAGCAAAAGAUGAUUCUGGCAUUCCUGUAGCUAGUGCUAAGCUUGAUGAUGUUUCUGAUCUUUUGGGUGGUGCUCUUUUUCUUCCUUUGUUUAAGUGGAUGAAUGAGUAUGGUCCUGUUUAUCGGUUGGCUGCUGGUCCGAGGAAUUUUGUUGUUGUUAGUGAUCCCGCUGUUGCGAAACAUGUGCUUAAGAAUUAUGGGAAAUAUGGGAAAGGUCUUGUCGCUGAGGUCUCUGAGUUUUUGUUUGGCUCUGGUUUUGCUAUUGCUGAAGGGCCUCUUUGGACGGCAAGACGCAGGGCUGUCGUUCCAUCACUUCACAAACGAUACUUGUCGAUUAUGGUAGAUAGAGUGUUCAGUAGAUGUGCUGAGAGAUUAGUAGAGAAGCUACAACCUGAUGCAAUUAAUGGAACUGCUGUUAACAUGGAGGACAAGUUUUCCCAGUUGACCCUUGAUGUUAUCGGUUUAUCUGUAUUCAACUAUAACUUUGACGCACUGAAUUCAGACAGUCCUGUUAUUGAAGCUGUUUACACUUCACUGAAAGAAGCAGAGGCUCGGUCAACCGAUCUUUUACCUUACUGGAAGGAAAGUUCUUUUCUCAUCUCCCUUUCCAUAAAGGCUGAAAAGGCUGUUAGUGUUAUUAGGGAAACCGUAGAAGAUCUUAUUGCGAAAUGUAAAGAGAUUGUAGAGUCUGAGGGUGAAAGAAUCGAUGCUGAUGAAUAUGUGAACGAUGCUGAUCCUAGUAUUCUCCGGUUUUUGCUUGCUAGCAGAGAAGAGGUUUCAAGUGUGCAAUUAAGGGAUGAUCUUUUGUCAAUGUUAGUUGCCGGUCACGAGACCACUGGUUCGGUGCUUACUUGGACACUUUAUCUUCUAAGUAAGGAUUCUUCCUCAUUAGCAAAAGCACAAGAAGAGAUAGACAGAGUUUUACAGGGAAGGCGUCCUUCCUAUGAAGAUAUUAAAGAUCUUAAGUUCUUGACGCGCUGUAUUAUGGAGUCACUCCGACUUUAUCCACAUCCUCCCGUAUUGAUCAGAAGAUCUCAAGUUCCCGAUGAGCUUCCUGGUGAUUACAAAAUCAAUGCUAGUCAAGAUAUUAUGAUUUCGGUAUACAACAUACAUCGUUCUUCUAACGUUUGGGAUAGGGCCGAAGAGUUUUUGCCGGAAAGAUUUGAUUUGGAUGGUCCAGUGCCAAAUGAAACAAAUACAGAUUUCAGAUUCAUUCCGUUUAGCGGAGGGCCUCGAAAGUGUGUCGGUGAUCAGUUUGCUUUAUUGGAAGCUAUCGUUGCUCUUGCGGUCUUUCUACAGCACAUGAACUUUGAGCUCGUCCCUGAUCAGAAUAUCGGCAUGACUACCGGAGCGACAAUACAUACAACAAAUGGCUUGUAUAUGAAACUGAGCCAACGGUUGAAAUAG